CUUGCUUAUUGUCAUUCACUAAAUGUUAUAUUAUCACGUCCUAAAGUGCACGCACGCACACAUACACACACACAUAUCUGUGUGCCCACCUUUCCUAUGUGUUUACCGCUCAUGAAACGGUUGGUGCGCACUUCCUGAACAGCUCUGUUUCGGGGCGCUGGGGGCUUCUGUACUUGCGAAAACUGUGACAGAGCGGAUCAUAUAAAGGAAGAUUGAUUCAACAAGUAGAAAAAACCAAGACCACCAGAAGAGUGACGUUUUCUUUCCUGUUUAACUGUCAGUAGAGAGGAAGGAGUCAGCUGACUAACGGCUGACGGAAGCCAGUGUUGGGUGUAAUAAAAGUCGCUUCCCAGAGCCUUUAGAUGGAACACCAGCCCAUUAUGAGCCGUCAGCCCAGGAACUACGGAAUGGCCAAUCCCGGUUAUGUCCCAGGUGCAGAGGGGAGAGCUGCCAUGUUCGCCCCACCCACAGCUGAGGGCCCCAGCGCUCCUCCGGCCAGCAUGUUUGACAGCAUGCCUGGCUAUGAAGGAACAGUGGCAGGAGGAGGUGGAUUUCUUCCCCCACCCAUGCCUGCUUACCCGGCUCCUCAGCCUGAGCCUGGACCUGAACAACCACAUUGGAAUAUCCCAUCUAUAACUGAAGACACUGCUCGCGAGGCGUUUGUCCUGUUUGCCUCCAGCAAGUGCUGCUACAGUUCAGCACCAGCAAAGGAUGGUGUGAUCACCAACAUGGAAGCAUUCAAUACAUACAGGUAUCGCCUGGAAACUUUUGCUGAAACAAGAUCUACAGAAUGGAGUCACGAGCCAUAUAAUGGCCAGCCAGUGGAUGCCUAUGCCCAAACACCUCCAGGGCCUUGGGAUAUUCCGGCUAAAACCCCCGGUUUUUUUAUUGAUGGCAAACAGGUUAUCAAGGUUCCCUACACUUCGUCUGUGAAGAACUGCCACGUUUGUAUGGGAAUGGGAAGAAAACCUUGCAAAGACUGUGCCGGAGCUGGUAAUAAAGUUUGUUGGGUGUGCAAUGGAUCUGGUUACCGCCACGGAGAUGAUCGAUGCAGCCACUGCAAUGGACGAGGAAGGGACAACUGCAGUCACUGUCAUGGGCAAGGAUCGACGCAAUGUGACACAUGUCGUGGAAAACAACAGCUUCUAGUCUACAUCAACCUGACUGUGAAAUGGACAAACAACUCUGACAACUAUGUUGUAGAACAAUCGAGUGGACUGCAGGUGAACAACCUUAGCAAGGUGUCUGGCAAGGAGCUUUUCAGAGACUCUCAGUACAUGGUAUACCCAGUGAUGGGCUUCCCAGACCCUGCAGUGGUGAAUGCUGCGCAGCGCCUUGUCAGUGAACACCAGGGCAAAUAUUCCCAUACGUCACGAAUUCUACAACAGCGUCAAACCAUAGAGCUGAUCCCCGUCACCAAGGUGUCCUACUUGUGGAAAGGGAAAUCACACAUUUACUUUGUUUACGGGAAUGAGUUCAAAGUUAAUGCAGAUAACUAUCCUGCCACCUGUUGUUGCUGCACUGUAAUGUGAAUGUGGUGGUUGUGUAUGAAGGUGUUUACUUUCCAAGGCAGUGGAUGUUUAAUUAUAACAGUUUUACUUACAAGUUAGUUCUACAGAUGAAUGGAGCAUUCCCAGCAUUGCCUGACAUGAGGGCAGUUAUGACCUCGUCAAAGUUUGACAUUCAACACAGAGGCAUUUAACCUUUAAGCUCCCACAAGUCAGUAGAACUAAUGCAGCCUCUUGAAUAAGCAAUCUUUACCUUUGGCAAACUAGUACAACAUGACUUAUGUCAACAGAAAAAAAAAAAAACAAAAACAAAAAAA